CCACAACGAGGAAUUGAGUUGUUUUCUCAGUCGCGUCGCGUCGCGUCGCAGGCUCCUGAUGAAGUGGCACAACGUGGGCGGCGCGUCGAGGCGGCGAAGUGAGGCAGCGCAGCGGAGAAGCUCACAAGCUGGAUGUGAAGCAGCGGGACAUGACGCUGCAGCUACGGGUUUCCUGCGGACUGUACACGCUUUUUAAAAAGGAGUUCUAGUUCUGGUCCAGGAUUGAAAGAUACAACAGGGACCGGGGUGGUUGCGCGCGUCUCUCCAACGUGGAUUCCGGUUUCCAGUCUGGUAAACCCAAACUGACGAGGGACUUAAAUCGAGUAUUGAGGACCCCAAACAGAGAGGACAGUUCAUCACCUGAAGACCUGCUGACACAUUUUUUCUCUCUGAAUGGAUCCUUACCUCUGAUUUUUAUCAGGACAAGCUCAUCCGGACUCUCCGCUGACACAAGUGACAUUUCCCAACACCAACAACACAUUUGUGACACCUUCAGCAAAAUUGUGUUUGUGCGACUUUUUCUUUCAACAAUUCAACUCAAAUGAUAUUCUCAGCGAAGGAGGAGAAAAGGAAGCAGUGUGGUCAGUAAGAAGACAUUUAACGACCAAAUUAUGUGAAGAGUAAAGGUGUGGAAAUGCGUCGAAAAUGCUUCUAUCUGCUCGAGGUUUGUGCCAUCGUGAUCCUCCUGCCCUCGGGCUCGUAUGCAGAUCUGACAUGUGAAGCUCUUCUCCUGCUGUCAGGGAACGUCUCAUUACAGUCCCUGGCCUCCUCCUGGAACACAACCCUGAGCAAUGCCACGGGUCAGUGGAGCGGCUCGGGGGUCUUCUGUGACACCUCCAUCGACGGCAUCGGCACCUGCUGGCCCAGGAGCACCGCCGGCCAGAUGGUGUCGCGACCCUGUCCGGAGAUGUUCUACGGCGUCAGAUACAACACCACCAAUAAUGUUUACAGGAAAUGUCUGUCCAACGGGACAUGGGCGCUGAAGGGGAACUACUCCAUGUGCAAGGCCAUACUUCAUGAGGAGAAAAAAGGCAAGAUGCACUACCAGAUCGCUGUGAUCAUCAACUUCCUGGGUCACUGCAUCUCCAUGGUGGCUCUGCUCGUCGCCUUCUUCCUCUUCUUGUGUUUGAGGAGCAUCCGCUGCCUGAGGAACAUCAUCCAUUGGAACCUCAUCACCGCCUUCAUCCUGAGGAAUGCCACCUGGUUCAUCGUCCAGCUGACCAUGAGUCCAAAGGUGCACGAGAGUAACGUGGUGUGGUGCCGCCUCGUCACCGCCUCCUUCAACUAUUUCCACUCCACCAAUUUCUUCUGGAUGUUCGGCGAGGGCUGCUACCUCCACACGGCCAUCGUGCUCACCUAUUCCACCGACAAGCUGCGCAAGUGGAUGUUCAUCUGCAUCGGCUGGUGUAUACCGUUCCCUAUAAUCGUGGCCUGGGCCAUCGGGAAGCUGUAUUACGACAAUGAGAAAUGCUGGUUCGGGAAGCGAGCGGGCGUGUACACGGACUACAUCUACCAGGGUCCCAUGAUUCUUGUGCUGGUGAUCAAUUUCAUUUUCCUCUUCAACAUCGUGAGAAUCCUGAUGACCAAACUGCGAGCGUCCACCACUUCAGAGACGAUCCAGUACAGGAAAGCUGUGAAGGCCACGCUCGUUCUCCUUCCUCUCCUGGGAAUCACUUAUAUGCUUUUCUUUGUCAACCCGGGCGAGGACGAGAUCUCUCAAAUCGUCUUUAUAUACUUCAACUCCUUCUUGGAGUCCUUUCAGGGCUUCUUUGUGUCCGUGUUUUACUGCUUCCUAAACAGUGAGGUGCGGUCGGCCGUGAGGAAACGUUUCCACCGCUGGCAGGAGCAGCACUCCAUCCGAGCCCGGAUGACCCAGGCCAUGUCCAUCCCCACGUCCCCCUCCCGGGUCAGCUUUCACAGCAUCAAGCAGUCCACGUCGCUAUGAGGGUCCGUCUGUCCGCCCCCAGAUAUACGUCCUGUGAGAGAAGAAAACCUGGAGCUGUCAGCGUCAUCGUUUUCUGCAGCAUCACUGGAUUCACUGAAACAAAGAGAGAGAGAGAGAGAGAGACCUCAGGAGAGCCCUUCACUCACCUCCAGGUGAAAGUCGACGGUGGGGGGGGGGGGGGAGGACUCUGCAGACUUUGUGAAAUGUGAGGUUAGUGGAUCAGAGCGAGCUGAGUCUGGAUCUGUGUGACUUUGUGAAUGUACAGCACUCCAUGUCCUUUAAUGUCCUCACACAAUCUUUGUGUUAUUCCUGCUCGCACACUUUCUUCUUCUUUUCCUUCUUUUUUUGUUUUUUUAUUAUCUUUACAUCAGUGGAAAACUGGGAGCUCGUGCGGCUGGACUGCACUGAACUGGAUUCUCUCCCAGCAACAACACCGGACUUUCAAACAAAGCCACACAUUCACCACUAAGUUAUGAAAGAGAAACGUGCAGAUUUGAUUUUCCUUCUUCCCUCACAGACGACGUGUGCUCAAAGUGUUUGUCCGUUCUUGUUGUGCUUUCUUCCUCUGUUCAGUUUUUUUUUUUUUUUUUUAACUU